UAUCGAUAUAAUGUCAUAUCAGUUGAAUUAAAUAUGCAGUUCAGCUAACUUUUGUGCAACCUUGCUCGUUUAUCGCAGCGAAUAAAAAUAUAAUUAGAAACAAAUAUUAUAUUUAACAGACUUUAAACGACUUAAGCGCCGUCGCUAUUGCUCGUUUUUUGUCCAAACAAAGCUAGCCAGUGAAAAGCGCUUAAAUAAGAGGCGAGGCAACAAUUGAUGAAAGCAGAAAUUCGCAAAAAUCGAGCAGCGAGUGCGAGUGAAAAAGAGCAAAGGCAGCAAAGAGAAGAAGCAGAGGUGUAAGAAGAAGAAGGAGGAGGCAAAGCAGAAAACGACCAGCCACAAAGCACGAAAGGCUAACCCCCAAAACAAAAAAGAAGUGCGUGAAUAUUUAGCAAAAUUAACGCCAGACCGCCAUAAGUGUUUUUGUAGUUAUUAUUGUCGUCGUCGUAGUUAACGUACAUACAAUAUAUUGUUUUUGAUUGUUGCUCAGUAAAAAGGUGUUGAAUGCUGGGUCCGGGUAACGCGAAGAAGAAGAUCGGGCGACAACUCCUCCAUUAAGCGAGCAUACUGUCGACAUCGUUCCGUUCCCGUUCCGUUCCCCGUCAACGUCUCUGCGCUCUCUCUCUCUCCCCAUUUACGUUGUGUGCAUCGUGACGUCGCCAAGCGAAUUUCAGAUUCAGCCACCCAGAAAAGACACAAAGCAAAAAGAGAGACAGCAACAAAAAUACAGAGAGAACAAAAACUAGACGAAGACCGAAGAAACGCAUAUAAAUAAAAUUCAGAAAUUCGGAAAUUCUGAAAUAUAAGUACAACAAUAGUGCGUUCGUCGACUUUUGGUGCUGCUGGCAAUUGGCAAUUGGCUUGCCCAUCUUCUUCUAUUAUGAACAACAAUAGCAAGCGGAAAAGUCGACCUAGUGGAGGAGGUGGCGGAGGAGGUGGCGGUGCCAGCGGCGGCAUCUCAAGAUACAACGCUAACGACAACAGUCUAAGGCCAGCGAACAAUAAGGCGACAGUGGGCGGAGGUGGUGGUGGAGGGGGCGGAGUUGGACGCUCUUUGGCGCCGGGCGUCUACAACAACACCUUCUUCAUGCACUCGGCAACGGCGCUGGUCGGCAGCGUUGUCGAGGUUCGUCUGCGUUCGGGAAAUACGUAUGAGGGCGUUUUUCGCACAUUUUCCGGAAACUUUGACAUUGCACUGGAGUUGCCAGCGUGCAUUAAGCCCAAGAAUCAGUCCGAUGAGGGCAAAACAGUGCCCAAACACAUAAUAUUCCCGGCGGACACCGUGGUAACCAUAAUAGCCAAGGACUUUGAUUCGCAAUAUGCGACAGCCGGCGCCUUUCAGACCGACGGCGCCAUAUCCGACAAGUGCAAUGUUAUUCCCAGCUCCACACAGUAUCGCAAUCAGGGUCACUUGAGUGGCGCCUCCAAACUCAAUGGUGGUGACUCCGGGCCAAAUACGGGCAAACCCUUGCCCCAACGCCAGAUGCGUCAAUAUCAAGGAUCGCAGAGCAACUCAUCGCUCAAUUACGGCGGCGAUGCACAGUCGCAGGCAAUGGGCAAACCGAUGCACAGUGGUCACGUGCAUGCUGGACACAACAGCAACUCGCCGCCGUUGCAGACAGGCGGACCACAGCAACAACAACAACCACAGCAACCGCCGCCACCACAGCAGCAGCAGCAACAGCAACAACAACAGCAGCAACAUCAGGGACAGCCAGGACGUCAGUUGCGUACGCGGGACAAUCAGUUGCAGGAUCUGCGUCAGUUUGGACAGGACUUUCAGCUGGCGAACAGCAACAAUUCGCCACCACAACAACAACAGCAGCAGCAGCAACAACAACAGCAUACGCUGCAACGUGGCAGCUUGCAACAAUCGGUGUCACCACCACAGCAACAACAACAACAGCCGCAAUUGGUGGCAAUGCAGCUGCAUGUGCCGCCACCGCAUCAUCAUCAGCAACAGUUGCCGCCACCACAGCAACAGCAACAACACUAUGUGCCUCAGCAGCAACAACAACCGCCACCACAACAACAACAGCAUGUGCAGCAUAUACAGCAAAAGGCGCCACAGCAACAACAACAACAGCAGCAGCAGCCGCCACCACAGCAACAAUUGCAGCCGGCACCACAGCAGCAACAGCAACAACAGGCGGCACAGCUGUUGCAGGAAUCGCCACAGCCCAUUUAUCAUGUAAUAGCAGCACCAACAGUUGCUGCUGUGCAACAACCACAAACUUCACCCGUGGUCAUCACUUCACCUGGUCCAUUGUUGGAGCAACAGCAGCCACCACAACAACAGCAACAACAACAGCCUCCACCAAAAGCAGAUGCCACGCCUUCACCCAACAUUGCUGCCGGUGUUGGUAGCAAUGUCACGCCCACUGGCAUUGUUACCACACCAACAACAGCGGCAACAGUUGCUGCUGCUGCUGCUGCCGGAGACAAGACAACGCCAGUGGCAAAUGCAAAUGCUGGAACAGCUGCUGCUGGCACCACGGCAACAAUUGCUGGCGUCGGUGGCGGUGGCAACACACCAAGUGGCAGCACGCCCGUUGUCAAGAAACCGCAUGUCUUGAAUCCGUCGGCAAAGCCAUUCACGCCACGCGGUCCCAGCACUCCAAAUCCAUCGCGACCACACACACCACAGACUCCGGUGCCGCAGAUGCAGGCGAUAUACACGACAACAACAGCUGGACACAUGCCGGCGAGCAAUCAACAGAUUGCUUACAUGGUGCCGCAACAUGCAUUCCAGCCACCCGCCCAUCCAGCUGGACAGGCAACGCGCAUGCGUCGCAGCAACUAUGCUCCAAUGAAUGCAUCGCAAAUGCAAUUGACAGCCACGACGGCAACUGGGCAACCGUUGAUGGCGACAGCACCGUUGCCACAAUUCAUCCAAUACCCGCAUCCACAACAUUUCCAACCCCAGUAUGGGUUGCCGAUGCGCUUUUGUCCGGAGUCGCAGCCGCAACAGUUGCAGUUCUUGGCACAGACGCCGCCAUCGACGACACCGUCACCCGGUCAGCCGCAUCAGACGUUCCAUCCGCCACCACAGCCCUCCCCUGCCGGCGGGGGACUGCAGCCGUCAUAUACACCGCAAACACAGCCGCAGGCAUACCAAUUCAUGUGUCUACAUACCCCGCAAAUUAUAUCCAAUCCAUAUUUCCCGGCGGCGACGCCACAACAUCCGCAACAGAAUCAACAGAUUCAACUUGUCAUGCAGCAACAUACCACGCAGUGAAAAAAUUAAAACAUAACCGGAUAACCGUAUGGAAACCGCAUCAGUCCCUCUUCCUCUUCACCCUCCUUAACGUGCACAGCAGCAACAACAACAACAUCAAGAACACCACAUUAUGAAUCUACAACCCACACACACACACACACACAGUCUUGCAACGCUGGGAAUUCAUAUUGUCUGGAUUAGAAUAUGUUAUUUUCUCGCCUCUCCAGCAAAACUUGUAAUGUCUGCGAAUUCAUCAUGUUGCAAGCAACAUUCAACAUUCAACAUUGCAAGUGAAAAACCAACAACACCAACUAGGAAAUUAUAAAAAUAUAUAAUUAAAGCAAAAAUGGGAAACUAGAAAAUUUUGUCAAAUUGCCACAGAGAAGAUGAGCAACAACCACAUUAAAUGAUGUAGAAGAACGAAAAAAAAAAACAAUAACUAACCCAUAAAAAGUCGAUAUCGAUGAAUGGUAUUACCUAAUUAUGUAUAACCAAUCUCAAGCAUCGAGUUUCCUACUCAAGAUAGUUCAAAAUUGAAUGAAAUUGUGCUGUAAAAAAAAAAAUAAAAAUAACUAUCAAAACAAAUAUUGAACUGAAAGCAAGCACCUAAGGCCCAAUUAUAAAAUCAAUGAGAAUAACAAAUCAUUAUGAAUUUUUGUAAAAUUGCUUAAAGCGUAAAUUCUUAAAUUCAAUCAAUAUUUGCUUGAGAUCAAAUACAUCAUUAAAACACACACAACAAUGCAAAUAGAGAAGCAAUAAAUCCAAAAUCAUCAUUCCAAAAUUUAAAUCAGAAACUAGAAAUUUUCCAAAAAUGCAAGCAAAGUGUUGAGAAAAAGAAAUGAGUUCAGUUAAAUGUAUUUUCUCUCUAACCAGAAAUGCAAUUGUAAUUAAGUUUCGGAUUGUAUUCACAUUUGGGAUUGUCCAAGUUAAGAAUUGCUUAACAACAAAUUAGAUACUUUGUUAUGCCACAAAUAAGCUCGAUAAUCCCACUAUGAAUAUGAAUGCAUAUUUCUUGUGUACAAAACUUUGCUUGCUUGGCGGAAAAAUGCGACAGACGCGAUGAAUAUGAAUUGGGGAGCAGAUUAAUAGAUUAAUUAUGUCAAAAUUUGUAAAAAAAAAAAAAAAAAAAAAACUGAUUGAUUUGAUUGAAAUUUAAUUUUGUUUUCAACUUCUACAACAUUCUCAACACGAAAUUAGUCUCGACUUGCAAAUCAACAAGAGAUUUAUUUCAAACACUUUUCAUUUAUUAUUUUUUCUAUUCCUAUUUUUUAUUUUUUUUCUUUUGUUUAUUUUUUGAACAAGAUGAAGAAGAAGAAAGAGAACAUUUCUAAGAGCGCGAGUCUGAGUCGGGUUUUUGGGUUUUAGUGCCUCCGUUGUCCAUCAGAGAAAACGUCUUAAUCCUUUGCCAGUCUUUAAUCAGUUCGAUUAUUAUUCAGUCUGAUCAAGAUGCAUCAUCUGUUGUGGUCCUGUUUUGUUUUGUAAAGUUUCCUUAAAUGAAAAAAAA